AGCCCAAGCCCAACGCCGCAAGAACAAGAAAGCAAAAGUCUAGACCGGUUUCGCAAAAACACUUUUCAUUCUUCCAUUUUCAGCUUAAUUCAUUCAUAGGAAAAAAGAACUUAAGAGAGAGAAGCAACAAUGGCGAUGACAUUGGGUAAACUCAGAUCUGGCGUUCAAUCCGCCAUUCGUAGUGGUCGUUCUUCCGAUCUUCUCAAGCGCUCCUUCUCUUCUUCCUCCCAUCACGACGAAGCUUAUGAGGCGAAAGAGGCUGCCAAAUGGGAGAAGAUUUCAUAUCUUGGAAUAGUCUCCUGCACAGUCUUAGCAAUCUACACUCUUUCCAAGGGUCAUCAUCACUACGACGAGCCUCCUGCAUACCCUUAUAUGCACAUUCGUAACAAGGAGUUCCCAUGGGGUCCUGAUGGGCUUUUUGAGGUGAAGGAUCACCAUUGAUCACGUCUGUUUGCUGAUAUUAUUUUAUGCUAUUGUGAUUGGAUCAAAUCCCAUGUUUCUAAGAUGACUUUUCUACUUCGAUCUUUUGAAUGGUUCUCAAGCAUCUAAACCUUCUUUGUCCAGGAAUGUAUGGACUGCUUGUGGGAGGGUUUUGAUCUUUUGGUUUUGCGUUUUCGUUUGGAUAGUGUAACUCAUCAAAUAAAAUGUGGUUAUCUCUUUGGUAUACAGUCCUUCAA